CUAAGCAGUCGUCACAUCCGGUUUGAACAGCCGGCGCGAUUGAAGGAAUAAUCUGGAGUUGUCUCUGAACUGUCUAUCUUAUCUUUAAACACUUUUGGCUUUGUUUUGAAAUCGUGCAAUCACAAUGACUUUCGAUGUUCGGAGGUUCGAUAUCUACAGGAAAGUGCCCAAAGAUCUUACCCAGCCAACGUAUACGGGAGCUUUCAUUUCAAUAUGCUGCUGUGUCUUCAUGUUGUUCCUCUUUCUCUCCGAACUGACAGGAUUCAUCGCCACAGAAAUAGUAAAUGAACUGUAUGUAGAUGACCCUGAUAAGGACAGUGGUGGGAAGAUAGAUGUGAGUUUAAACAUCAGUUUGCCAAACUUACACUGUGAUUUGGUGGGUUUGGACAUUCAGGACGAAAUGGGGCGACAUGAAGUGGGCCACAUAGAUAAUUCAAUGAAAGUGUCACUCAACAAUGGUUACGGAUGCCGCUUUGAAGGAGAAUUCAGUAUUAAUAAAGUUCCAGGAAACUUUCAUGUGUCAACACACAGUGCGACUGCUCAGCCACAGAACCCCGAUAUGACUCACAUCAUCCAUAAACUCGCGUUUGGAGAGAAGCUUCUGGUGCAAAAUGUCCAGGGGGCUUUUAAUGCUUUGGGUGGAGCUAACAGACUUCAGUCCAAUGCUUUGGCCUCUCAUGAUUAUAUUCUCAAGAUCGUCCCCACAGUUUAUGAGGAUCUAGGAGGAAAGCAGAGGUUUUCCUACCAGUACACAGUGGCAAACAAGGAAUAUGUUGCAUACAGCCACACGGGACGCAUCAUCCCAGCUAUCUGGUUUCGUUAUGACCUGAGUCCAAUCACAGUCAAAUAUACAGAGAGAAGACAGCCGCUCUACCGCUUUAUCACUACCAUUUGUGCUAUCAUCGGUGGGACGUUCACUGUAGCAGGUAUUAUUGACUCGUGCAUAUUCACAGCCUCGGAAGCCUGGAAGAAAAUCCAGAUCGGGAAAAUGUCAUGAGUUUUUCUUAAGAUCUACCACAUCUUUUCUUGAUGCCAGACAAACCUCUGCAUGCCCAUUAGUACACCAUAUUAUGACCAAUUGGAUAUAAUUAUUUUAUGCAGUUUAUUUUUCAAUAUGCUCAUUUAAAAGACUGGUUUCCAUCUCUCAACAUUUAAUACGAUGAAUUGCAGGGAUGACAGUGUUGAGGUUUGUUUGGGAGAUGGGGUUUCCUGAUUUGAAUGCCACAUUUAAUUCACAAACAUGACCUGAUUUAGUGCAUUCAUAGCAGUGACGUGGACAGAACACUGUUUUUCACUCAUAAAAAGGAUGUACUGGGAUUUCCUCAUUCACAUGCACACAAACUGAGAGGUUUAAAGGCAGUGAAUAGUGUUCUAUGAGAAUAUUAAUGUCACUUUAGAUCUGUCAUAGUGAAAUGUUUCAAAUAAAAUUCCGCUUUGAACCAGUUCCUCUGAACUUUGUACACCAAUCAAGGCAUUAUUUCUGUUAAUUGGGUUGUUAAAUUGUAAAUUAGUCGAUUAUAUUUUAUAUGUGCCUUCAAAGGACUGAAAUGAUUACCAAUCUCUUCUUGAUGUCUGUUUGGGUGAAUCUCACGAACCUUGUCAUGAACAUGUUCAGGUCAUAUUUCACCCCAAAAUCAAAAUCAAGAAGUUAAGAAAUCAUAUUUUGGUCAAGAAAAUGAAACCUAGUUUAAAUUUAGGCUUAUUGAGAUGAUUUGUGUUGUGGGAUAACAGUUAAGCAGAUUUCUCCACCAAUUCUCAUUACUUUAAUGAAAAAAAGGGAUAUUUUAUUUGAAAUUGUACAUAUCAGAAUGAGCUUUAUUGCCAAGUAUGCUUCCACAUCUAAGGAAUUUUUUUGGUGACAGAAGAUAUACAUCAUGGUAGUAUUUGUUGUACAGCCUUUAUGCUGAUUUAAAUUAAAAAACGAAUUGCCAAAAAUAAUGAGAAUCAUUGUAUUGUAGUUAUUUUUUAUGGGGAAUGUGUUUCAUUUGAAAUUAAAAUGCAAAAAUAUCUUAAAAUCUCCAAAAUAGGCUUUAUUUUCUUUUUCGGAGUGACUAUUUGCACUAGGUGUAAAAAGCGCCUGCCACACAACACGGCUAUAGUCCAAUAGUUUGGUGGAAACAGAAAUUGAAGACAAACUGCGCCCCUUGUGUCACUACAAUGGUGUUGGUUGUAACGACAGUGUGACUGCUCUUUUUCAUGUGUAAGACCCGGGUUUGAUUCAACUUUUUCCCAUCCUGUUUCUUGUCUCCAAUAUUAAUAUGAGCGUAAAUACUGCUUAUAAUAAAUAAAGAUGAAUGUAAUGGUUGAUCCUUGCAGUGAUAUGGUCGCAGUGACGGUCGGGAGUUGAGAGAAUGGUUUUACUAUAGUAAUAUGGUGUUAAUAUAGUUACCAUGUUUAAUUUUGUGGUUACUAUGAUUUUACUUCAAAAUACCAUGGUGAUACUAUGGUUAAUUAAAGUAAAACAAUGGUUAAUUUUUGUAAGGGAAGGUUGGGGUUAGGUUUAGGGGUGUAGGGUGUCUGUGGGUCUCUAAAUAAACGUAAUAUACACACAUUGCAUUGAUGCCCUUAUACUGUAUGUUAAAGGAGACCUAUUAUGCCCAAUUUUACAAGAUGUAAUAUAAGUCUCAGGUGUCCUCAGAAUGUGUAUGUGAAGUUUCAGCUUGUAAUGCCUCAUGGAUCAUUUAUUAUACUAUGUUGUAAAUGCCUCUUUUUGGGUGGAAUCAAAAACGCGUUGUUUUCGUGUGUGUCUCUUUAAAUGCAAAUGAGCUGCAUCAGAGACAAUGCUAACUUUAGCUGCAUUAGCCAUGGAAUCUGCCAAUAAGAACAUUCGGAAAGGCGAAUUGCAAACAUCCUGCUUUAUAUCGACACUCAUUCGCAAAGCAGUCCGGUGUAAAAUGAUUUGGACAAACAUACACAUAUUUUUUUAUAUUUUAAGGCACAUUUCCUUCAAAAACAAAACUUGUCCACUGCGUCUUCAGUGGCUCUGAUGCCUGGAGUACAUGAAGACCCUUAUGUUCACUUUUACAGCCAACAACAGAACACUUAUGAUGAAGAAGCUGAGACAUUAUUCCUCUCACUGUAUCUGCUCCAGCACGGAUAAAAAUGCCGGACUGUGUGUAGAUCACUCAGGGGUGGAUCUAUGAUGAUAGGGUGGAGCCCGUCACCAGUUGUGGGCGAGGCCUGAUCUAACCUGACGUCACUUUAGAGCAGAAACGAAAACCGUUCAUUUUGACACACUGUUCAAAUGACAGAAAGAGGAGUGGGUGGACUUUUAACAUUGUAGGGUGGUUGUGUGCACACUGCCGACUCACAUUUGAAUUUUGUGAAUUUUGCAUAAUAGGUCCCCUUUAAUAUUUAAUUAGGGGUGCAAAUAAUAUCUGCCACUAUUUGCACUGGGGUGUCAAUUGCGUCUAACACUAUUUGUACUUAGUGCAAAUAGCCUCUGCCUUUUCUUUUUGCUAAAUAUUAUUUUCAAUUUUUUUCCUUUCAAAUUUUGGGGUGAAAUGUGACUUGGACAUGUUUUCCUGAGCUUGACUGAUUGAUUUUUAAAAUCUUGUUAUUAUUCAGAUUUAAUUAAGCAGUGUGGUUUCACACUUACUGAAUAUGUCGGAUUUAGUUUCUUUCCAUGGUACAUUUGGGUUAUUUUGCACUCUAUUUGCUUUCUCUGGAUGUGUUUUUGUGUUAAAGUAUUCGAUUGAAGGGAAAUCUUUAAUGUUUUCUUUUUCUGACAAAAUCAUUUUCAAUGGUUUUUUAAGUGUAUAUCCUUUUCGCUAAGGGCACUCUGUGGCUUAAUUAUGGUUUUGUUUCACCAGUCAAUAAUGUUUAAUGAAUAACCUUCUUGUUUGUUUGUUUUGUACAGUAAGCCGGAAGCUGUCAAUCAAACACCUAAAGUGUUUAUACUCUCAAGCCUGUUUUAAAGAGGUUCCCAUCAGUGUUUCGUAUAUUCCAAAAAACAGGUUGAAUCUGUAACACUGAAUUGUGUUUCCACAUGGAAGGUUUUGUUUUGAAGAUGUGAUGUGUUGUCGUUUUACAUGGCAGCAGAAGAGUAUUUUCACUACACUCGCUGACAACAGUAAACCACAGCCUACAUUUUAGCUCAUAGUUUCAUGAGUAAACUUCUCAGAUAUGUUGUUUUAGGAUCUCCUGCCAGUCAAACAACACUAAAACUCCUGCUGCCAUAUUUAAUCUUUUGUUGCAGAUUUAGUUUAACAUGACAGUCAAAUUACUACUUGGUAUUUUACCUACAAGGACGUUAUUUUCCAGACUAUGCCACUUUUCCUGACUUUGUUUACCUGGUUAGUUCAAACCUCACCACAACCAGUUUAUUUGUUUGUGUUUGUAUUUUGAAACAGUUUUUUUUUUUGUUGUUUUUUAGUUUUAAGGUUUACCAUAAUGUGGAAAAAUAAAAAGCAUUAUGGGGCCAUGUAAGAAACUAUCUUGUUAUUUUUUAGUUCAUUUAUAAAUAAUUUUGUAGGUUAGGUCAAAUAAUCAAGUGAGUCCUUGAGUUGUUUGUCUUCAAUGGAAAACUGUGGAAAUGGAAAUCAAUACAAUAGAAGUGAAUGCUUAUAUAAAUGCAAUUGAUAGUAAAUGUAAAGAACAAGUAUUGUUAAAUUUUAAAU